AUGAAGUUCACUCUCCCCGUCCUCGCUGCCUUGGCUCCCGCCGCCCUGGGCCAGCUGAUCCAGGUUGAGGUCCGCUACAGCGACCACCAAGUUGACGUUGGAAACCUUGACCUCUUCAAGGAGACCUGGGAAAAGAUCUACGCCGCUGACGGAAACGGCCGAAGCGUCGUCUCCGACACCUUCUACGACACCUUUGCUGAUGGCUGCACCCACUACACAAAAGAUGGCAACCGCCGUGUCAAUGUCCGCAUCAACGGCCAGUGGGGACGCAUCCCUGACCUUGGCCUCCACGACGCCCGUGAGGCGCUGGUCAAGUCUCUCUGGGAGGUUCUCAGGGAAGUCAGCAACCCUCAGGGCUGGGACGUCUUCACCAACUGCUACGGAACGACCUGGCAGGAAGGAGUCCCCCGAUGGGAGGGACCUCACGCCUGUGGAGGCAAGGACGCGACUGUCCGAUCCGAGUGUCUUUGCGAUAUCGGAAGCGCUCAGUGCGAGCACCACUCUUGGGGACACAAGGUUCCCUCCAUGAUCAAGGCGAACCUGUACCGCGACGGCGUCCUGCUGGCUGACAGCCUGGAGAUUGAGUUUGCUUCGACCAACAAGGAGGAAGAUGGUGGUUGCGGUGCUGUAGGCACUAUUGUUAGCACCUUGGCUGGUUUCCUGCCCGGUCCUGGCUCUCUCUUUGCCACCGGCGUUGAUGUCUUCUGUGGUCUUUAA